AUGUUUCUUAGGAAAAUUAACUUCUACUUCUUUAAAUCAUAUGAUCUGCAAGCGGAAAAGCCGAUGAACAUUCAUGAGUGUUGGAAGGAAGAGAACCCCAAAAGACAUUGGAAAAAAUGGAAAGGCCGGUUUGCUGGACAAAUCACUAGAACUUUUGUGCUUUCAAAAAGAAUCAUAGCUGUUUCAGAGUUGAUCUUUAAAGCACAUAAUAUCAAUUGGGUGGCACAUAAUGUCCAGUCCAUAGAUGGAAAGGUAUGCAAUGUGACUUUGACAGAUAACAGCUGCAGAUGUCUUGAGCGUAAUGAUACUGCGGAGCUUGGCCUAAAGUAUGUGGUUUUAGAGGAGUCGUUUCUUGAAAACAGAGUCUAUGGCACAAAGGCCAAUGGGAACAGACUAGUGGGCGGCUUUAUGUUCACCAGCGACGAAGGUGUUUAUUGGACUGGCUUCAACAUGGCGAAUCGAAGGUUGUGCUACAGGAAAUUGAAAAAGGUUCCUCGUAACGAUUGGCUACUUGAUGCAACUUAUGAAGAGCCACACCAAUUUUAUCAAGACGAGCAGGAUAGAAUAGUGGUACCGGGAAUGUGCCUCUCUGAGUUUCUCACCCUUAGAUUGGGUCUCAGAGAUGCUUUACCAAGACAUUUGAUGUUAAGAAGCAUCAGAGUGCAAUUGUUUUGCUGUGAAUCAACUUCUGGUUUUCACAAAUGCCCCUUUAAAAAUGACUAUGAACCAAUCUUACUCAUGGAUACUGCUUGCAAUGAGCAAAUUGAAACAUUGAGGCUCGAGUCUUACCCGGGCUGGUACCAACUAAGCAUACCGAGCCAAUUCUUUCAUUGCAAGAUCCCCAAAGUGGUACCCACGUUCAGCACAGGUUCAAAAUAA